AUGCCCCUCCAUCCCCCGAAUCUGAACAUGUGUGCCGUCAAUAGCACCUACAACCAUUGGUACCCCUUUAAAGCCCGAGAAGGGAAGGGGAUGGGGGGAAGCAGGGAGCGGGAUGGGGGGAAGCAGGGAGCGGGAUGGGGGGAAGCAGGGAGCGGGAUGGGGGGAAGCAGGGAAGGGGAUGGGGGGAAGCAGGGAAGGGGAUGGGGAGAAGCAGGGAAGGGGAUGGGGGGAAGCAGGGAAGGGGAUGGGGAGAAGCAGGGAGCGGGAUGGGGGGAAGCAGGGAAGGGGAUGGGGGGAAGCAGGGAAGGGGAUGGGGAGAAGCAGGGGACGGGGGGAAGCAGGGAAGGGGAUGGGGAGAAACAGGGAAGGGGAUGGGGGGAAGCAGGGAUGGGGAUGGGGGGAAGCAGGGAAGGGGAUGGGGAGAAGCAGGGAAGGGGAUGGGGGGAAGCAGGGAUGGGGAUGGGGGGAAGCAGGGAAGGGGAUGGGGGGAAGCAGGUGAGGCAAAGGAGAAUAUAUUGGGGGGUAAACGGAGCUGGUGGGAGUGAGGGAGGUUGGUAA